CUAUUUUUUUUCAUUAUUUAUAGCUGCAUUUAGCACUUUAGAUGAUAAUACAGUACAUUUUACAACUAUUCAAGGGACUUGCGGCUGAAGGCAGCGCACGUGCACGUGACAUUUAAUCAACGCCUCAGACAAAAUGAAAAUUUUCGUUUCUGCACUCCUGGUCGGCCUGGCUGGAACUGUGGCGCAUGCUCAUCCUGGAUUUCACGAGUUGAGCGAUUCAGUUGAACUAUCAGAAAGAGCCGCGGACAUAACUAAGUGCAAAGCAAAAGCACCAAAUACAACGAAAGCCUGCAAGCUCAACGAUGUGUCGAGUGUCGGUUUUUAUGGUUAUAACCCAAAGAAAAAGAAAUGCAUGAAGUACCCACAUUGCAGUUUCAUUACCGGAGACGCAUUUUCUUCACGGGAAAAAUGCUAUCAGACGUGCGAUGAAAGCUCCCCAUGCCUGGACACCUCCUAUUCAGAGUACCAUGAUGUCUAUCCUUUUGGGGUGACGCCAACGACUUACCACUAUUAUGACCCAUACACAGAUGACUGCGUAGAAAUAGACACUUACGGACUCGAUGCUUCAGACUUUUGGCCAAAUCAUAACGUAUUUACAACUUACAAAAAAUGCAGAAAUGAAUGUGCACCAACAUACUCCAAGAGAAAACCUAGGCGUCACUGACUAACACAUAGUCACACUUUACGUACUAGCAGACGAUCUUCAUUCGGCGGUGCUUUUAUUCAUGAGAAACGUGAUUGCUUUUAUUACUAAUAUGCCUUAUCAAAUAAAAGAUAUC